GCCCCGCGCUGCUCCCUCACGUCGACCCGCGCCCUACUUCCUUCCUCGCCCGGACGGACGCACUUCCGGCGGAUGUGGGGGGGCAGCCCCGGAAACGGAAGUGAGCGGCGGGGCCGGCUGACGGUAACCGGGCUGAGAGGCUGCGCGCAGAGCGUGUUGAAGAUGAAUGCCAGAGGACUCGGAUCUCAGCUAAAGGACAGUAUUCCAGUUACUGAACUUUCAGCAAGUGGACCUUUUGAAAGUCAUGAUCUUCUUCGAAAAGGUUUUUCUUCUGUGAAAAAUGAGCUUUUGCCCAGUCAUCCUCUUGAAUUAUCAGAAAAAAAUUUCCAGCUCAACCAGGAUAAAAUGAAUUUUUCCACACUGAGAAACAUCCAGGGUCUGUUUGCCCCACUAAAAUUACAAAUGGAAUUCAAGGCAGUACAGCAGGUUCAGCGUCUUCCAUUUCUUCCAAGCUCAAACCUUUCACUAGAUAUUUUGAGGGGUAAUGAUGAGACUAUUGGAUUUGAAGAUAUUCUUAAUGACCCAUCACAAAGUGAACUAAUGGGAGAACCACACUUGAUGGUGGAAUAUAAACUCGGUUUACUGUAGUGCAGUGUGUGCUGUUCGUGAAAAGAGAGUGGCUGCAUCUUGUUUAUAGUUGUCUUUGUACUGUAAUUUGAUGUGCACAACAUUAAAAGUACUACACGUGAGAA